ACAUAACGGUGGGACGAAGCUAACCUUCCUCCAUUUUUAAGAGCUAAGUUUUUUCUCCCUUCUUACGCCUACGCUGAAAUGCGGAGACGAUGGCUGUUUUCUUCUUUUCUUGUGCAGGGCUCAAAGAUAGUUUCUGAGAGCGAAGCGCCCUAAGGAAGAACGAAAUACACGUCUAAACGUUAAAAUGGAGAGCUGCCUCGGUCCGCUACACUGAAACAUGGGAGCAAGCGCCUCAAUAUCACUCUGUAGUGACCCAUCUUCAGUGCGAAUCCUGAGGCCCAGCGCUAAGGUCAGCCCAGCUGCUCCUACCCUGGUUACAGAACCUGAAUCCUCUGCCAGGUGUGUUUUUGGAGUUGCCUUGGAAACGCUGAAAGAGGAUGGGCAGAUGGUCUGUGGAAUACCUCUUGUGUUAAGAGACAUGGUGGAGUUCCUUGAUAAGCAUGGCAUGCAUCACAGAGGUCUGUUUCGUCUGUGUGGCUCUGCAGUGCGGACAAGGCAGAUGAGGCACCGGUGGGACCAGGGAGAGAGGGUGGACCUUGAGCAGGAGAAGGAUGUCCCCACUGUGGCUUCCCUCCUCAAACUCUUCUUUAGGGAGUUACCAACCCCCAUAGUACCAGAACCACAGCGCAAAGAGCUGAUUCAGACACUCACAGGUUGUUCAGAUAAGGAAGAUAUGAACCAGCCUCUGAGGGAAAAUCUUAACCACCUCCCAGAUGACAACUUUAUUGUUUUAUCUUACCUUAUCCACUUUCUGUCCAGGGUGGCCGCUCACAGCAAAUCAAACCACAUGCCUGUGGAAAAUCUGGCAACCAUCUUUGGGCCUUGUUUGUUUCAUGUUCCUAUGGGACCCAGGAUGCUGGAGGAUCAGAGUGUGUGUAACUCUCUGUUGCUUCAUCUUCUGAGACAUCAGGAGGUUCUCCUUCCCGUCCCAGGCAAAGACACAGUAGCCUUCUCAGUCGCAUCCCCCUCACCUCCUCCUCCAACUCUGUCUGCUCUCGCACAUUUUGAGGUGCGACCCAGCAGCUGCCAAUCAGAGUCAAGCAGUGUGAAGGAGCUGGAAGAGGCAACCACCUCAGUCUCGGUGACCAAUGCUUUUAACCAAACACUUGGACUUCAAUCUCAACUGAACAGUCCUGACACACUGGUGCAGGCUCGUGAAGCCAGCUCUGACGUCAGCACUGACAUUCAGAAGCUGAUUCCAGAUCAGGAGGCUGUGGAGGAGAGAGGAGAAAGUACAGCUGCAGGCUGUGUGCUCUCCUGCCCCGCUGACCCAGGGCCAGGGCAACACAUGCAAAGGAGCAGACCAUCACAGAGCAUCCAAGGAGAGCAGAUGGACUGUACCACACAUGAAACUGUCUCACAGUGCAAGAUGCCACUGGUUCUGUCCUUAACAAAGGAGGUAGAGAAGGCAGAAGGAGAGAAAACAGUGAACAGAGAGACACAGUUGUCACCCAUCAGUGAUGACUGUUCAACAGCUUGUACAGAUGCAGGACAGACAUCAUCUUCCUUAGACUGUUGCAUACUAUCAGAUGAUUUGCUGAGCAAAAACCAAACCCAGAGUGAGCACACAGAGAGCUGCUGGAAGAAAAAGACAGAAGAUAAAACCACCGUGUCUGAACUGAAGGGUAGAAGAGGAGGAGGAGGAGGAUGUAGUGGAUCUCCUGACAGACACAAUUAUUGCAGAGGCAGGAACACCAGCCGUGACAGCCCCUCCCUCAAGCUACAAGCUCUGGAGGCUGACCUGGGAGCCCUGCCGCUGCCGGCAGACCUCCAAGUGGAUAAGAGACCUUCCCCUGAGCAGCCUCUUUCACUUGAAGAGCAGAACCUUUUUUUGACCAGAGAGCCGCUUCUCCAUCAGCCACCUUUGCCUCCACCUCAAGAUCAGAACACGGUCGAUUCAUCACAAUGUGUACGCAGCCCUUCACCUCAAUCAUCGACAUCCAGUUCUUUGCUUUCCACUGCCGCUCAUUCUGAGAGUUUCCCGGACAACGACUCAGUGCCGUGCUCACCUGGAUCUAACACCAGCCCACUCCUCUCCCAGUUUACCAUGACUGACUGCCCCGUUCCAUCACCACGCUGCCCCAGCCUCAGUCAUAGCCUGCGCUACAAUUCAGACCCUGAUACAGCCCCUUCUCCACCAUGUUUGCAGCACAAACGCAUGGCUCGCAGCACUGUCCACAUUGAGCAAGACAAGGGUAGUGUUUCAAUCUCAAUGCUCAACAGACACAUUCACUCCCUCAGGAAGAGGAUCAGGCGUUUUGAGGAGCAAUUUGAACAGGAGAAGCACUACAAGCCGGCCCACAAUGACAAGACAGCUCAUCCUGAGGUGUCCAGACUGAUGAAGGAGCUCAUCAAGAGUCGCAAGCAGCUUAAAGAGCUAAAGCUGAGACAAUCAGAAGAAGGGGCCUUGAGAGGACUUCACCCUUCAGUUGAAACAUGCAGGACCACAAUAGACCACAGGGAGGCAGCAGUAACAGGGACUGAGCUGCAGAAAUUUAACAACAACACCAACACAAAGCCAAACGUGGAGGAAACAGUCAACAUCAUAACUGACAGACUGAAGGAAAGACGACGAGAGCUGGGCGUACCUGAUGCCAUUAAGGAAAUGUCUCAUUUUCAGAUGACUCUGGAGAAAACCAGCUUACAGAAGUGUUUGCUCUACUAUGAGAGUCUGCAUGGAAGACCAAGCACCAGGCAAGAACGGAACUUGAUGAAACCUUUCUAUGACAGAUAUCGUCUUCUUAAGCAGCUGCUGUUUUCCUCCUCUGCAGCUAAAGUCAUUACAACUAUUGAGGAAGAGGAGGGCUCAGAUGAAGAUCAUCCCAAACAGCGAAGCCCCAAACAACAGACGCUAUGGAUAAAAUCUCCCAGGUAUCGGUCAUCAGAUGAGUUGCUUCAUCUGCCUUCCUUAGAAACACCUGAAACACCUCUGGUAUCCCCACUGGAGGAGGUAAAGGGUCUCCAGCCACAGAUUAUCACCAUGGCAACACUACAUGAAGCUUCCAGACCAGAGUUACUCGAUCACCUCAGGACAGCUCGAUUGGAAAAGAAGAGGCUUCAUCACGCACUCCGAGAAUUUGAGGACCACUUUUACAUGCAGAUGGGCAGGGUUUGCCAGAAGGAGGACCGUGGCCCAAUGGCGGAGGAGUACUGCCAGUAUAAGAACCUCAAAGCAAAGCUCCGUCUACUGGAAGCCCUGCUCAGUAAACAACAGGACUCAGCUACAACCAGCUGA